AUCCAAAUAUAAAAUAAUACAAUCCUUCCCUUCCCUUCCCCUUCCUCAUUUUUAUUUAUCCAAACAAAAUUAACACAAAUCAUUUCCUUCUAUUUUCUUCCCUUCCCUUUCUUUUCCUCCCCCUCCAUUUCCUUUUAUUUUCCUCCAUUCCCCUCCCUUCCCUUCCCUUUACUAUUUUCUAUCCAAAUAGGCUUAACUGUGCGCCGGUCAUCGGGCUGCUCCUCCCUCUCUCAAGCCCGCUACCUCCCUUGUACCCGAUUCAUCGAAUAUCUUCUUCUCCCUCUCGGUUUUUGUCGCCGCUGUUCAGGACGUUGCUUUCCUGCCUAAGUGUGCUGAUUUCAUCGUCGAUAGAGGUGGAGUUUCGGUGCAUUGUCAAUGUAGGUCAUAUUCAGAUGAUUCAGAGUUUUUCUAUCCAACACAACACUUGCUUGUAAAAUGACUACUGGAAGCAGUCGGAUUUCAAGAGGUCAGAAACCAAAAGGGUUUCAGGCUGAGGGGUCAAAUUGGAUUCUUAUUGCUGGCAGUGCUUUGUUAAGUACUUUAACAAUCCGUCUGGGUUACAAGCUGAAACAGGCACUUGACUCAAAGCAACCGAACAAUGCUACUAAAAGCUUACAAGGGAAUGGAACUUCUGAGAGUGAGAGGAGAUCAGCUGGUUGCCGUUUACAUUCAAACAUGUAUUCAUUUAGACAGGAUGAUGAUGGUUGCUUCAACUGCAUUUCAGGAACUGAAAGCAUGGGGAAGAAGCACUCACCCAGUGGCCGGAUGCUGUCUGAAUCUGAUAUUUCUCUACCUUUGGUGACAGUCCCUGCCCCUGAGUUCAACAGGGAGAAUGGUAUUAUUUGGGCAUCAUCUCCUGAUCGCCUUGAGUUGCCUCCAAAGCCAUUCCACCAUAGCAACUGCUCAGACUCUCCAUGUGUCUCAGAAUCUGGUUCUGAUAUAUUCUCCAAGCGUGAAGUGAUACAGAAGCUAAGGCAUCAACUGAAGAGAAGAGAUGAUAUGAUUCUGGAGAUGCAGGAUCAGAUUGUGGAGCUGCAGAAUUCACUGAAUGCUCAGUUGGCACACUCAAAUAACUUGCAGUCACAACUUGAUGCUGCGAACAGGGACUUGUUUGAUUCUGAAAGAGAGAUCCAAAGGCUGAGGAAGGCAAUUGCAGAUCACUGUGUGGGACAUGCUGGUAGCAAUGAGAAGACUUCGACAGCCAUGGAUUGGCCAUCUGAGUUACAAAAUGGUCAUGCAAAUGGAUGUGUUGUUGGAGAGAGCAACUUUGAGUUUUCUGUAAAGGGAAGGGGUGAUGAUGACAGAAUUGAGAUGCUAAAAAGAGUAGGAGAGUUGAAAGAAGUGAUAGAAGAAAAGGAUUAUCUGUUGCAGAAUUACAAGGAACACAAAGCAGAGCUUUCUUUGGUGAUAAAGGAAUUGCAACAGAGAUUGGACUCUCAGCUCCCUAAUAUUUUGUAGGUACUGUUAGGUUCUGUGCAUUCUUGCUUGUUUUCUCUGAUUUCUUUCUUUAAUUUGAGGAUUAAAAAAAAAAAAAAAAAGCUCCCUUUUCUCUUUUAACUUCUGCAACUUCAAUUUUAGUGUAAGCAUGUGGUAAUGGGUUUUGUGGUUUCAUGCUUGUGAAUCUGCACAAACUGGUUGUGUGUGAGAGGAAGAAGAAAUAGAAAAGAGUAGGCAAUAUUUUAUUGGUUUGUAAGUGAUUGACUCUAUCAUGCUUGGCAAAUGCCUGCUUUCCCAAUAGAAAUAGAAAUUAAAA